CACCAAGAGCAGCGGGCAUCAUCUGCGGCUGAGCAGCAGCCGGCAGCCGCACAAGAAGACGCCGCGUCCUCGUCUGAAGAUGAAGAACCUGAAACGGACAGUGCUAGCGCGGUUGACGAGGUGUCGCAUCGUGAGAGUGCAGCUUCGGCUUCCCAGCAACGUGAAAGUGCGGCUCGGACCUCGCAGCGUGCGAGUGCAGCUCCGGCCACUCAGCGUGAAAGUGCCGCUCGGACCUCGCAGCAUAAGACUGCGGCAGAGGCUUCUCUAAGUGAGAGCGCGGAUGCGCGGGCAUCUCGGCGGGAGAGUGUGGCAGCGGCUUCUCAACGUGAGACGAGUGCGGCUGCGACGGAGUCUCGGCGUGGGAGUGCGACGGCGGUUCCUCAACGUAAAAGUGCGGCUCCCGCGGAAUCUCAGCGUGAAAGUGCGGUUGCGCUUUCUCAACGAGAGAGUGCGACUGCGGGGGCGUCGUCUCAGCGUGCGAGUGCGGCUCAGGCCUCUCGACGUGAGAGCGCCACUAUGGGUGAUAAAGUUUCCGUGGUUGAUGCGCAAGUGGACCCGGUGCAGGCAGGGGCUACCGCUGCGGACCCGGAUUCCGCUAUUG